CCAUAGGUCGUGCUGUAACGUUAUAUAAAAAUUUGACUAAUUAUCUCUCCUCAUUAGUACCAGCUAUAUGACCAGUGCGACAAAUAAAAACAUUAGCACCUGCUUUACACAGCUAUCUCUAAUACUUGUGAUAAAUUGAUAUGAGAGUAAAAUACUCAGCGCAUUGGGCGUACAAGUGGAACGGAUUUCGACUUUCUGUCUAAACAGCGAAUUGCUCUACUAUCCACGGUUGUUAUCUCAUCGUCAGAAUUCUCAAGGGCAAAGUCGUGCUGAAAUUUUUCACUCGGAUGUGUCGUAAGUCGCCCGCAAUUUUUCGCAUAAUGUGAAUAAAGAGACAUCCACGUACAUUCGGGCGUACACGAGCGUAUUAGCUGAUUCCGAAUGUCUGGUCCUGUAAUCUACGGUAGCAGUUCUUAUCUGAGUGCGACGAUUCCCCCUGAAAUAUCGUCUCGCUUUCGGCAUACACAUACUAUAGAGAGCUCUCCGAUGCAUAGUUGUUUCUUGUGAGUGCCGAGGAGUAUGAGGAGUAGGAUAUCGUCGCCGCUGUAGCCGAGUUGGCUCCAAUUUCUGAGCUAGAGUUCGUUUUGGUUCGGUUGAUCGCGGACUGCGUGGAAGGACGGCUUCGCUAUGACGGACAGUAAGGUCAGUUCGUGGAAACAACGCGGGAAACAAACGUGCUAUGGGCUUACCCAUGCUUCGAUUUUGGGAGUAUACGUAUUCACGAUAUCUUAUGCGAUACUGCACCUUCAUUUGCCUACGCGAAGUCCAGCCCCAGAAUUCGACCCUGGCCAAUUGAAGUUUCUCACCUUUUGGAACUUGAUUUUACAAGCCGUUUUCUUUUUCGUGUGCCUGCUAAACGAUUUUGGUGGAAGCAAUGAGUUGAGUCCGGCAAAACGGCCAAUUUUGCGCCGUGUUAAAGACUUUAUUCACGCCAGUUUUGGAUUCCCAGUUGCAAUGUUUGUCGGUGUGACUUUCUGGGCACUCAUGUUCGUGGACCGUGAGCUGGUACUACCAGCUGCUGUAGAUCCUUAUUUUCCUUGGUGGUUAAAUCAUCUGAUGCACACUCUGAUCAUGGUCACUACUGUUCUUGAAAUGAUUGUCGCUCCCCGUCAGUAUCCUAAACGAUUAUCUGGUCUUGGAGGCCUACUUAUAUUUAUGGCUUCCUACUUAGUGUGGUUGCUUAUUAUUUAUGCAAAGAGCGAAAUCUGGGUAUAUCCUGUCAUGGAGGUGCUGUCGUGGCCACAGCGGAUUGGUUUUUUCGUUGUACUUUUCCUAUUUACUGCAAUUCUGUACAUCUUGGGAGAGUACUUGGAUCGGCUCAUCUGGGGACGGGCUAAGAAAUCUGUAGGUAAGAGUGCCAAGAAGAAGAAAUCAAAAUGAAGGGUCAAUCUGUUGGUAUUAUAUAGUUUCAUUGCUAUUACCAAUGCAUAAAUUGUUAUAUAUUUUUGUUUAAUUUUUGAUCCAUAUCAUUAAAAGAUUUUUCAUUGUCCUUUCCGCAUUUUUCGUAACAGUGCAUUUGUUAUUACUGUAACACGUCAUCACGUUUACGCCGUGAUGUAAAAUUCAGCAUAAGAAUCGUUGAUAAUUGUUAUCUAAGCAAUAACGAUAAAUAUAGUUAUUAUAUAGGACAGUUAUUGCAGCAAUCAGAUCUGAUCAUGAAGCAAUUUGUUACAUUUUUUAAAAAUAAAUGGAGAUUGUUAAAUUGA